UCCGGGCAUCCAACGGUUGGUUUGUGAACUGCAAAAUCCACAAAGAAGAGAGGGAAGCGUCUGCUGCGCCCCUGGGUCGUUUUAAAUUUGCCUUUAAAACAUCACCGAAAACUUAAACAACCGCUAGCUAUGGCAGAGGGAGACAACAAAAGCGCCAACGUACUCGCCCAGGAGACGGCCCAGCUGGAGGAGCAGCUGCAGGGCUGGGGAGAGGUGAUCCUGGCUGGGGACCAGGUCCUGCGUUGGAAGAAACCAUGGUUCCCUGGAGCCCUGAUGGCAGCCACCACACUGGUCUUCAUGAUGAUCUACUACCUGGACCCCUCGGUGCUGACCGGCCUGUCCUGCACUGUCAUGCUGCUGUGUCUGUCUGACUACCUGGUGCCUACCCUAGCACCCCGCAUCUUCGGAUCCAACAAGUGGUCUUCAGAGCAGCAGCAGCGUUUCCAUGAGAUCUGUGGUAACCUGGUGAAGACUCAGCGUCGCAUCCUGGGCUGGUGGAAAAGACUCUUCUCGCUCAAGGAGGAGAAACCCAAGAUGUACUUUGCGUCGGUGAUCAGCAGUCUGGUGACGGUGGCCUGGAUGGGACAGCAAGUCCACAACCUUUUCCUCACCUACCUGAUCGUGAGUUUCCUGCUCCUGCUUCCUGGUCUGAACCAGCAUGGCGUCAUAAGCAAGUACGCUGGCAUGGCCAAGAGAGAGAUCAACAAACUGCUGAAACAGAAGGAGAAGAAGAACGAGUAGGAAGAAAGGAGGAGGAGGAGAAGAGGGGAUCUGUGAGAUGAGACGAACGAGAGAGAAGAAGAAAAUGAGAAACCCGUAGAUCAAACGUAAAAGAAAAGGAGCUUCAACGAAGUACUUCCUCAGUCUGCUCAGACCAACUCUACACACGCCCUCUCCCCCCUUGACCUCUGACCUGUCACCUAACCAACCAAUCACCUGGCGGGAUUUGUUUUUCAACAGGAAGUGUUUUUCCACCUAUCCUCCCACGCAUGCAGUCAGUCGCCACGUCGGUCAAGGCUUUAGCUCACGAGUAGACCACACUGAAACAUUACAACACACACAUAUGAACCCCCCCCCCCCCCCCCCCCCCCCCACAUGGAGGUGGCCCCCAGCUGUGUCUGUCUCUAGAUCCUAUAGGGAGGUGUUUAAGAUACUAGUCACUUAUUAUUACUUUUGAAGUCCGAGGAAAGACUACUGAACAGAAACCUCUAGCAAUAUUAUUAUCCCCUCCCCCCACACAUAUAAUACCAUCACAAUACAACAUAUAAUCAAACUCCAUCUCCCAGAGAGGAUGGUUAGUUUAAUGGACAUACUGAUGGUAGGUAGUGUCAGUAAUUAAAUCUCCCAGAGAGGAUGGGUAGUUUAAUGGACAUACUGAUGGUAGGUAGUGUCAGUAAUUAAAUCUCCCAGAGAGGAUGGUUAGUUUAAUGGACAUACUGAUGGUAGGUAGUGUCAGUAAUUAAAUCUCCCAGAGAGGAUGGUUAGUUUAAUGGACAUACUGAUGGUAGGUAGUGUCAGUAAUUAAAUCUCCCAGAGAGGAUGGGUAGUUUAAUGGACAUACUGAUGGUAGGUAGUGUCAGUAAUUAAAUCUCCCAGAGAGGAUGGUUAGUUUAAUGGACAUACUGAUGGUAGGUAGUGUCAGUAAUUAAAUCUCCCAGAGAGGAUGGGUAGUUUAAUGGACAUACUGAUGGUAGGUAGUGUCAGUAAUUAAAUCUCCCAGAGAGGAUGGGUAGUUUAAUGGACAUACUGAUGGUAGGUAGUGUCAGUAUUGUUUCAGGAGGCUGGGACACUGCUGUUGUUGUUGUUGCUGCCAUCGUUCUUUUACCUUUCAGAUUCCUGCUUCUGUCUGUUUUUUAAGAUUGCACUGAAACCGUAGCAGAAACUGGAGUUUAGAGUAGAGAAGCAGACCUAGGUGACAUCUCCCACGUGGCACCCUAUUCCCUAUGUAGUGCCCUACCCCUAUAGGCCCUGGUCAAGAGUAGUGCACUAUCUAGGGAAUAGGGUGUUAUUUGGGACUCAAGCCUAGUCUGGUGACAUUUGGAAUAUAUAAAUCUGUGUCUGAAAUGGCACCCUAUUCCCUAUGUAGUGCACUACCCCUAUAGGCCCUGGUCAACAGUAGUGCACUAUCUAGGGAAUAGGGUGCUAUUUAAGACACCGCCCUGGUGUGAGCUGACACUGGUUCAGAGACACAGACCUAGGAUCAGCGUAACCUGCCCCCUACCCUGACCUUACUGUCUAGUCCAGGGGAUCUUUACCUUACUAGUCCCACUGCUGUUACGCUGCUAGCUGGACCUGCUAGACCUUUAUCUGUCCCUCCUCUAUCCCUGUCUAACGACAGUCUAAACCCAGCUCACGUUCCCUGUUAGUGGGUGAACAAUCCAACGCUUGAUGAAAUCUACUAAUAACGCUGUUGGCUGGACCUGCUAGAGUCCUUUCUGUCUCUCUCUCUCUCUCUGGUCGGGGGGCCGAUGAUUGUAAAUACGCCAAUCCUCUUCCUAUCUUUUAUCUCUCUGUCUUGUCUGUGUUUAUAUUAUUUACCUACUAUCUCGCUGUUCCUCUCCUCCAUUUCAUCUGUUUUGAGUUCUCUACAAAACAAUGAAUAAAGUCUGAUUUAAAUGAACA